GGUUGGUGUAGAUUUUUGCAUUUAUUUGUUAUUCUAUUAUUGCUUUGGCAUGGUAUGGUAUUUGCUGAUUCUUUUCAGUUCAUGAGAAAUGUUUAUAGGUUCUCACUUUUGAAAUGUAUUGGAUUUGUAGUGUGUCUUAUGGAUUGUAACAUUUCAGAUCAAGUUUUAAUCUGAAAUGGUAGUGUUUUAUAUUGGAAUUGAAAUAUUUUUUUGGGAUCUUAUAUUUUUGUCUUUUGUAUUUUUGAUUGGUUUGUUGCAUGACUAAAGAGUUCCAAUUGAAAAGCCUGACUGCGUUAUUGUUGUCUUUCAACAUUGGGUUAAAAUUGUUUAAAUUGGGUUUUCUUUCUCUUGGCUUUAAAAUUGUUUAAAUUGGGUUUUCUUUUUCUUGGCAAAAAAUUAAUAACAAAUAGUACUAGUUUUGGACUUGGGCUUCAAUGGUUAAGGUUCUGACUAGUGCAGCAUUAGAUCCUAGGUUGAAUUCCUACCAUUGAACUACCAAAAAGAAAUGAUAAUGGUAUAAUUCAAGUGUAAUCAAUACUUUAGUUUUUUAUCUUCUGGCCUUUAACUUACACAACUACCAUUGCACAUUUUUCUGAUACUUUGGCAUUGUCAAUUUUUGUGUUGGUGUGCAUGCUUGAUCCAAUGGUAAAGAUCCACAUCCCCCUUCAUGUCUAACAUUGUUUGCUAUAUUCUGCUCUUUACAUCAGGUUUCUCCCUUCUGUAUUAUUUCUUAGGAUGCUUAGGUGAACUUGUGAAACUUGAAAGUUUCAUUGACAGUUCAAUAUUUUUCAGAUAUUAUAGCAAAUAUCAGACAGUAUGGAGGAAAAUAACAUAAAAAGUACGCAAAAACCAGGUGGAAACAAAGACUUCUUUGGAUCCAGAGAGCUACCGGAAGAAUUUGCAGCUUUGGAUGGCGACUUUUGCAAGUGGUUGAAUGAAAUGGCCUCUAUGCCUGAAAGUGGAGGAAAUGAAGAUAAAAUAGAUCAAGAUAAGCAAGAUAACCUUAUGGAAAGCUCUGUGAGAAACCCUGAAACUUCUGAGGUAAACUCAUCCAUUUCACCUUUACCUAAGGAAGGAGAGAGAAACGAGGAAGACGAUGGAAAAGAUAUGGAAUCUAAGCGAUCUGAAUUAGAGUUCGCUCAUGCGCUAUAUGACACGGUAGUUGUACUGCACGAUGAAAGUGAUAGACUGAUGAAUGAUCUAAAUGCAUUGCACGCACAUAAAGACAUGCUUCAAAGCAAAUUCCAAUUGUUAAAUGAUCAUAUUUUUCACCUCUUAACUGAAUUGGUUUCAAAAGAUGCCCUUUUGGAGAACACGACCGAAGAACGAGACAUGUAUAUGAGGCGGACCGAAUGGCUCUAUUUUGAACUCGACAGGCUCAAAGCAGAAAUGCAAUCCUUCACUGGACAUGGUUGAUUUUCAAUGAAACCACCUCCUACUCUUCAUAUGGAGAUAGUA